UGGGAGAAGGGGGUUGGCUCCAGCCUCGCCUCUCCUCCCCUCCCUGCCCCCUCCGCUUCCCCUCUCCCCUCCCCCCCUCCGCGCGUCCUCCGGCCAAGAUGUCUGACAUGGAGGAUGAUUUCAUGUGCGAUGAUGAGGAGGACUAUGACCUGGAAUACUCUGAAGACAGUAACUCUGAACCGAAUGUAGAUUUGGAGAAUCAAUACUACAACUCUAAAGCGUUAAAGGAGGAUGACCCCAAAGCAGCACUGAGCAGCUUUCAGAAGGUCUUGGAGCUUGAGGGUGAAAAGGGCGAGUGGGGAUUCAAAGCAUUGAAACAGAUGAUAAAAAUAAAUUUCAAACUGACUAACUUUCCUGAAAUGAUGAACAGAUAUAAACAACUAUUGACCUACAUACGGAGUGCGGUUACACGGAAUUAUUCUGAAAAGUCCAUCAAUUCUAUUCUCGAUUAUAUCUCUACUUCCAAGCAGAAUUCUGAUUUUUUAUGUCAGAUGGAUUUGCUUCAGGAAUUUUAUGAGACAACGCUUGAAGCUCUGAAAGAUGCUAAGAAUGAUAGGUUGUGGUUUAAGACAAACACAAAGCUUGGCAAACUGUAUUUAGAACGCGAAGAGUAUGGGAAGCUACAGAAAAUCUUACGCCAGCUCCAUCAGUCGUGUCAGCUGCAGCAUCAGGAUGCAAAAAUAGUGGAGCUUCUUGAGACGUCUGCCCAGCACAUUUUGGCGGAGACCGACGAUGGAGAAGACGAUCUUAAAAAAGGCACCCAGCUUUUGGAAAUAUAUGCAUUGGAAAUCCAAAUGUACACAGCACAGAAAAAUAACAAAAAACUUAAAGCACUAUAUGAGCAAUCGUUGCACAUCAAGUCUGCUAUCCCUCACCCAUUAAUCAUGGGGGUCAUCAGAGAAUGUGGCGGUAAAAUGCAUCUAAGGGAAGGUGAAUUUGAAAAGGCACACACUGAUUUCUUUGAAGCGUUCAAAAACUAUGAUGAAUCAGGGAGUCCCCGAAGAACGACCUGCUUAAAAUAUUUGGUCUUAGCAAACAUGCUGAUGAAGUCUGGAAUAAAUCCAUUUGACUCUCAAGAGGCAAAACCAUACAAAAAUGAUCCAGAGAUUCUAGCAAUGACAAAUUUAGUAAGUGCCUACCAGAAUAACGACAUCACUGAAUUUGAGAAGAUUCUAAAGACAAAUCACAGUAACAUCAUGGACGCAUCCCACUUUGCAUAAAAGGGGAGCACAUUCCAGAACUUUUGCGAAACAUCCGAACACAAGUGCUUAUAAAAUUAAUUAAGCCUUACACAAGAAUACAUAUUCCUUUUAUUUCUAAGGAGUUAAACAUAGAUGUAGCUGAUGUGGAAAGCUUACUUGUGCAGUGUAUACUGGAUAACACUAUUCAUGGCCGAAUCGAUCAAGUCAAUCAACUCCUUGAGCUGGAUCAUCAGAAAAGGGGCGGAGCACGGUAUACCGCUUUAGAUAAAUGGACCAACCAACUAAAUUCUCUCAACCAGGCCAACCGUAAUCCCAGCAAACUGAAACUAAAACGGAGAACAAGCGAUGGCGGAUGCGUUCUUAAGGCAAG